AUGAAACAGAGUGACCGGCUUCUUCCUGUAGCAAAUGUGGCAGGAAUAAUGAAGAAAACCAUACCCCAAAAGGCAAAGAUAUCAAGAGAUGCAAAGGAAAUGAUGCAGCGAGCUGCCUCCGAGUUUAUUGCAUUUGUUACGUGCAAGGCACAGGAUUUGUGCAAAUUGGAAAAAAGAAAGACCUUGACAGGAGAUGACCUUGUGCUUGCUGUUGAACACUUAGGAAUGCCUCUCCAUGCAGACGCAGGCAGAAGAGCACUAUAUAAGCUAAGGGAAGGUCACCAGAAUGGUCAAGAUACUUAUAUCCAAGAAACAGGCUCGCCAAUACACUGGAAGCCAUAUGAGCAAGAAUAA